CACCAAUCUUACGCCUCCUCUCUGCCUCUCUAUUCUCGUGAGUCAUCCUCACCUUAGCCAUCAUAACGAUACACCCUAAACGGGAACUCAAUCUGCGUGAGAAUCAUGGCCUCAUCCCUAACUACGUUUACAGGAUUAUCAGGUACACAUGAUUAAAUCCCUAAUUUAUAUUUUAUGUUUAAGAAUUGAUCAACACGGGGAAGAGGUACCGAUGAAGAAAGUCGGAGACAAGUUGAUCCCCAAGACCGAAGACGAGUUUGAUGCCGAGGACAUCAAAAAGGUCGAGAAUUAUGCAAAAGCAAUAAACAUGCUUUAUUGUGCCGUAAAUCCUGAUGACUACCGCAAGAUCUCCCGCUGCUCAACUGCCAAGGAGAUGUGGGAUAAACUUGAGGUGACGUACGAAGGAACGGACCAAGUUCGGGAAGCAAAAAUUGACUUCCUAACGCAGGAGUACGAGAUGUUCAGGAUGAAACCAGGCGAGAAGAUCGACGACAUGUUCAAUCGCUUCUCGAAGAUCAUCAAUGAUCUUCACGCCCUAAAGAAGACGUAUGCCAACAAGGACCUCGUGAGGAAAAUCCUGCGGAGCCUCACCCCCGAAUGGAGAUCAAAGGCCGACGCCAUCUAUGAUACCAUUGGAGUCUCCAACGUAACCAUCGACGGAUUAAGAGGUAACCUUAAAACUUAUGAAUCUACAAUUCUAACCCCGUCUUUGGAUGAACAAAAGAAUAAAGGGAUAGCGCUCAAAGCAACCAAGGAAAUGGUUGAAGAGGAAUCAAGUGAUGAAGACAACGAGUUUGACCUCAUCAUCAAGAAAUUCCACAAAUUUAU